CGUCACCCCGCCGACGCCUACGUGGCCUUCGUCGCAAGCCCCACGUGUCCCUUGCCGCACCCCGUCCGCCCGCCCCUGCCCGGAGGACCCUAUUCCAAGAUGGCGGCGCCCACCGGACAGAGGGACGGCAGCAGCGCUAGCCUGUGGGCAGUGAUGCUCCUGGGGGCCGUGGUGCUGAAGCCGGUGGAAGCGGUGUCCGAGCCCACGACAGUGGCGUUUGACGUGCGGCCUGGCGGCGUUGUACACUCCUUCUCUCAGAACGUGGGCCCGGCGGACAAGUAUACUUGUAAGUUCACUUACGCUUCUCAAGGAGGGACCAAUGAGCAAUGGCAGAUGAGCCUGGGGACCAGCGAAGAUCACCAGCACUUCACCUGCACCAUCUGGAGACCCCAGGGCAAAUCCUACCUGUACUUCACCCAGUUCAAAGCGGAGGUGCAGGGUGCCGAGAUUGAGUAUGCCAUGGCCUACUCUAAAGCUGCAUUUGAAAGAGAAAGCGAUGUACCCUUGAAAAACGAGGAAUUUGAAGUGACCAAAACUGCAGUGGCCCACAAGCCUGGGGAAUUCAAGGCUGAGCUGUCCAAGCUGGUGAUCGUGGCCAAAGCGUCCCACACUGAGCUGUGACCAGCAGUCUUAUUGAGGGUGAUGCUUCCUCAUCUCCACCAAAGGAGCCAGGGACCUGAGAGGGAUGACCCAUUAAUGGCUUUCUGAGGGCCCUCAGAUUUUAGCCCAGGCCAGUGUAGCCCUGUCUGAAGGGGCUUACCCUGCCUGGCUCUCCAAUACCUCACUGACCCCUGCUCCCUGCUAUGCUCUCCUGGACUCAGAACCAUGCUCCCCUCUGACCUUCGGGCUGACCACCAUACAAGAGCCUCUAGGACUAUUUUUCACAAGGUUACCCAGGGGACCUCCUUUCAGAUGAACUUAAAAGAGAUGAAAUUUUUUUCAUAUUUAAAUAAAAAAGAUUAAAAAGCCA